AUGAAAGAACCAGAAACCGACCCAAUGGCAGUCUCAAGCCAGCUCCUUUCUUCACUGGUGGAACAAAUCCCGCUCAUCCAAAACUUCAAGGGCAAAUGGGCCUUAAUCCGAGCAAAGCUCUCGGAGCUCCAGGCCCAGCUCACCGACUUCGCCGACUUUCCAACCUUCACCUCCCACCCUCUCUCCCUCCACCUCCUCCUCUCCGUCUCUCAGACCCUCGGCGACGCCGUUUCGCUCUCCCAGAAAUGCCAGACCCCCAAUCUCUCCGCCGGCAAGCUCCGCACCCAAAGCGACGUCGAUUCGAUCCUCGCCCGCCUCCACCGCCACGUCACCGACGCCGAGAUUUUGAUCAAGAGCGGGGUCCUCCUCGACCCCGCCGUUUCGUCUGUAAGCAGCUCAGCCUCCAAGAGAGAGACCGUGCGGGCCGAGUGUCGGAACCUGGUGACACGGCUUCAAAUCGGGAGUGGCGAGUCGAGGAACUCCGCCAUGGAAUCGCUUUUGGGAAUUUUGCAGGAGGACGACAAGAACGUGAUGAUCGCUGUGGCGCAGGGGAUUGUUCCCGUGCUCGUGCGACUACUCGAUUCGAGCUCGUUCGAGACCAAAGAAAACGCCGUUUUCGCGAUUUCGAUAAUUUCGAUGGUGGAGAGCAGCAAGCACGUUUUGAUUGCUGAGGGUUUGUCGCUUCUGAAUCACUUGAUGCGUGUGCUCGAUUCGGGAAGUGGGUUUGGUAAGGAAAAGGCUUGUUUGGCGCUUCAAGCUCUGAGCUUUUCGAAAGAGAACGCUCGGGCAAUUGGGUCUGGAGGUGGGGUUUCGUCGCUUUUGGACAUUUGCCAGGCCGGCACGCCCGGUUCGCAAGCUUCGGCAGCUGGGGUGUUGAGAAAUUUGGCUGGGUUUUCUGAGAAUCAAGAGAAUUUCGUGGAGGAAAAUGGGGUUGGUGUUCUUUUGGCGCUUGCCAGUUCUGGGACGGCUUUAGCCCAAGAGAAUGCAAUUGGGUGCUUGUGCCAUUUGUUGUCUGGUAGCGAAAGUCUGAAGCUUUUGGUUGUUAAGGAAGGUGGGAUUGAGUGUUUGAGGAAUUUCUGGGACUCUUGUUGGAACAAUAACACCCGUAGUCUUGAGGUUGCUGUUGAGUUUUUGAGGCACUUAGCUUCGUGCUCCCCGAUUGCGGAAGUUCUGGUUUCUGAUGGGUUUGUAGCUAGGCUGGUUGGGGUGUUGAGUUGUGGUAUAUUAGGGGUGAGAAUUGCAGCAGCUAAGGCUGCUUAUGAACUUGGGUUUUGCUCAAAAACCAGAAAGGAGAUGGGUGAGUGUGGCUGCAUUGCUCCUCUGAUCAAAAUGUUGGAUGGUAAAGCCGUUGAAGAGAAAGAAGCGGCUGCAAAGGCCUUGUCAACGUUGAUUCUAUAUGCCGGAAAUAGAAAGUUGUUUAAGAAACAUGAAGGUGGAAUUGUGAGUUCAGUUCAGCUUUUGGACCCUUCUAUCCAGAAUUUGGAUAAGAAAUACCCUGUUGCUUUACUAGCCUCCCUUGCUCAUUCAAAGAAGUGUAGGAAGCAAAUGGUUGCUGCCGGUGCGUGUCUACGUUUGCAGAAACUUGUGGACAUGGAAGUAGAGGGGUCUAAGAAGCUCUUGGAAAGCCUUGGUCGUGGUAAGAUUUGGGGCGUUUUUUCCAGAUCUUGA